AUGAGGCGGCGAAGGAUCCGGAACCGGGCAGAGCGCUGGAUGCUCCGGGAAGAGCGCGGUGGCCAGACUCGGCCCAGGAGCGAGCGGGUCCUUUCUUCGGACCACAACGCACGAGUUUGUUCGCUGGUGGGCACAUCGGAAAUCUGCAGUGACAAGAAGAUGGCGGAGGGAAGUAAUGAUGCAGAGCUACUCAAGGAGAAGGCGAAUAACUUCUUCAAAGAGAAAGAUUAUGACAAUGCCAUCAAGUUCUACACUGAGGCUUUGGAACUCAAUCCAUCCAAUGCCAUCUACUACAGCAAUCGAAGUUUGGCAUACAUACGCACAGAGUGCUAUGGCUAUGCCUUGGCUGAUGCCACAAAGGCCCUGGAGAUAGACAAGAACUACAUAAAGGGAUACUACAGGCGGGCCACAUCCAACAUGGCCCUGGGAAAGUUUAAGGCUGCGCUCAAAGACUAUGAAACGGUUGUGAGAGUUCGGCCUAAUGACAAAGAUGCAAAAAUGAAGUACCAAGAAUGUAACAAAAUUGUAAAGCAAAAGGCUUUUGAAAGAGCCAUUGCUAGUGACGAGACCAAAAAAUCAGUGGUUGAUUCUCUAGACAUUGAAAACAUGACUAUUGAGGAUGACUAUGUGGGUCCCAAACUGGAAGAUGGAAAAGUCACUUUAACGUUCAUGAAAGAGAUGAUGGAUUGGUUCAAAGACCAGAAAAAACUACAUAGAAAGUGUGCAUAUCAGAUUUUGGUUCAAGUCAAAGAUGUUUUGUCAAAGCUACCGAGUCUUGUUGAAGUCUCAUUAAAAGAGUCAGAUAAAAUGACCAUUUGUGGUGACACGCAUGGCCAAUUCUAUGAUCUUCUCAACAUCUUCACAUUGAAUGGCUUACCUUCAGAGAUCAACCCAUACUUAUUCAAUGGUGACUUUGUAGAUCGUGGUUCUUUUUCAUUGGAAGUCAUAUUGACGCUUUUUGGCUUUAAGCUUCUCUAUCCAGAGGACUUUCACUUGUUGAGAGGUAACCAUGAGACUGACAACAUGAAUCAGAUGUACGGCUUUGAAGGCGAAGUCAAAGCUAAAUACACAGCCAAGAUGUUCCAGCUAUUCAGUGAGGUCUUCCAGUGGCUGCCUCUUGCACAGUGUAUCAACAACAAAGUAUUGGUAAUGCAUGGUGGGCUCUUCAGUGAAGAUGGCGUGACAUUGGAAAAUCUCAAGAAAAUCGAGCGAAAUCGACAGCCUCCAGAUUCAGGGCCCAUGUGUGACCUCCUUUGGUCUGACCCACAACCACAGAAUGGCAGGUCAAUUAGUAAGCGUGGAGUCAGCUGUCAGUUUGGACCAGAUGUGACUGAGCGCUUCCUGGAACAAAACAAGUUGGAUUACAUUGUCCGUAGUCAUGAAGUUAAGGCUGAGGGUUACGAAGUCACUCACUCAGGAAAGUGCAUCACCGUCUUUUCAGCACCCAACUACUGUGAUCAGAUGGGAAACAAAGGAGCUUAUAUCCACCUCAGGGGAUCAGAUCUGAAGCCAGAAUUUCACCAGUUCACUGCUGUGCCUCAUCCGAAUGUCAAGCCCAUGGCAUAUGCUAACACAUUAAUGCAGUUGGGGAUGAUGUAG